AUGAACGGCUCUUUAAUGAACCAAUCGGACUGUCCUGAGGUGGUGGUUCCCAACCCCGUCUUCUUCACCAUCGGAGCGGUGAGCUUUGCUGAGAACUUCCUUGUUGUGGUAGCUGUCAUACGGAACAGAAACCUCCACUCGCCAAUGUACUGCUUCAUCUGCAGCCUGGCAGCCUUCCACACCAUCGCCAGCCUGACCAAAACCUUGGAAAACCUCAUGAUUGUGUUUGCUGAUGUGGGACACCUGAAUAAGAAAGGUUCUUCUGAGACCACGCUGGACGAUGCAAUCGACUCCCUGCUGUGCAUGUCAUUUUUGGGGUCCUUUUUCAGUAUCCUGGCCAUUGCUGUGGACCGUUACAUCACCAUCUUCCAUGCACUCCGAUACCACAACAUCAUGACAAUGCAGCGCACUGGGGCCAUCUUGGGCAUCAUCUGGACUGUAUGCGGGGGCUUGGGCGUGCUGAUGAUAUUGUUCUUUGACUUCAAGCUCAUCAUGAUCUGCUUCGUCAUAUUGUUUUUCAUCUCCUUGGUGAUUAUCUGCUCCCUGUAUGUCUACAUGUUCAUGCUGGCGCGCAUCCAUGCCAGAAAGAUUGCAGCAUUACCGGUUGGUGGCAGGAAUAAUCAUCACCAGCAGCGGUGGGGGAGCAACAUGAGAGGGGCCCAGACCGUCACCAUCCUGUUUGGGACGCUGGUGGUUUGUUGGUCGCCAUUUUUUUUCCACCUCGUCAUCAUCAUGGUGUGCCCCAUGAACCCUUACUGCGAGUGUUACCGAUCGCUGUUCCAGGUGCAUGUGGCGCUGCUGACGAGCCACGCCCUCUUUGAUCCGGCCAUAUACGCCUUCCGCAUCGCCGAGCUCAGGCACACCUUGAGAAAGAUGCUGCUUUGUUCUGACUGGAAGCUCUGCUCGUAG